AAUUCUAGAACUAAACCAGCAAACAGGAGCAGAGACAAGCUUUCAAAUCCAAAGCUAUGUUGCCACUACUUCUUUUAUCAGGGUUUAUCACCUUAACCCUGUGUGUUCCACGUCAGUAUAUCUUUAUAAAUGAAUCCAAGACAUGGACAGAAGCUCAGAGCUACUGUAGAGAUAAAUACACUGAUCUGGUCACCGUUGAAAAUGAACAAGAGACGGUGCAGUUACUCAACACAGUGAAUGACUAUAACUCCACUGAUCUGGCCUGGAUUGGACUCUAUGAUGAUCUGAACAGUUGGAGAUGGACUCUAGAGGACAGUGAAUUCUUCAGUCAGGAACAGAAACAGUUCAGGAACUGGUAUAAACAAGAGCCAGUGAAUUAUGGAGGACGGAGUCUAUGUGUGUACAUGUAUGCAUACUAUGGGAGAUGGUAUACAGCAAAUUGCGACAACACACUUUCUUUUAUCUGCCACGACGAAAGACUAAAUGCCAGCACUAGUUAUGUUUUGGUUCAUCAAUACAAAAACUGGACUGAAGCUCAGAGAUACUGCAGAGAAUAUCACACAGACCUUGUCAGUGUCAGAAAUGAAGCUGAAAACCAGAAGAUCCGACAUUCACUCAAGAAUUACUAUUACGGGCCUUUUUGGAUCGGUCUGUACAGAACUAGAUCUUGGUCAGAUCAGAGUUACUCUACAUUCAGUAACUGGAGGUCAGGAGAACCGAAUAAUGCUGGAAACUGUACUGCUGUGUCAUUCAAUGACUCAAUGUGGACGGAUGAAAACUGCAAUGAUCAGUUACCUUUCAUUUGCUACAAUGUGUCCUCUCUGGCAUCAUCCCGUCAGUAUCACUUUAUAUCAGUGAAUAAGAGCUGGUCUGAAGCUCAGACAUACUGCAGACAGAAUUACAUUGAUCUGGCCACCAUUGAUAACAUGACAGAGAUGAACAGUGUGAUGAACACAGUUAAUGGGAGUUAUAAUGGAUCAGCCUGGAUUGGACAGUAUGAUGAUGUCAACAGCUGGAGAUGGUCACUGGAUGAUGAUGAUUUCUAUCAGGAAGGAGAGAGAGAAUUCAGAAACUGGAAUCAUCAACCAGACAACUCUGGUGGAAAUGAACUGUGUGUUUAUAUGAAUGAACAUGGCAAAUGGUUUGAUUCAUCAUGUGACAAUACCUUGCCAUUUGUUUGCUAUUACAGGAACAAUAACACACACAGCUACAUCAGAAUCACAGACAGUAGAAGGUGGACAGAAGCUCAGAGAUACUGCAGACAAUAUUACACAGAUCUCGCCAAUGUGAGAAACCAGACAGAGAAUCAGAAGAUCCUGGAGAUUACAGGGGGAAACGUCUGGAUUGGUCUCUACAGGAACAGGAUUUGGUCAAAUGGUCAAACUAUCAAAUAUCUAAACUGGAGACCAGAAACUCCAUAUUCAUACCCACAACCAGAUAAUGGAUAUUAUGCUUCUGGCCAGAGGGGUAACCAGCACUGCACUUCUGUAUCAUUGAGAGAUUCAGGCAGAUGGACAGAUGAGAACUGCUUAUCCAACAUGCCCUUCAUCUGCUACAGCAGAAACUGCACACAAUCAUCAUGCAGUCCCCGUCGGUUUCACUUUAUAUCAGUGAAUAAGAGCUGGUCUGAAGCUCAGACAUACUGCAGACAGAAUUACAUUGAUCUGGCCACCAUUGAUAACAUGACAGAGAUGAACAGUGUGAUGAACACAGUUAAUGGGAGUUAUAAUGGAUCAGCCUGGAUUGGACAGUAUGAUGAUGUCAACAGCUGGAGAUGGUCUCUAGGAAACACAGAGUUAGGAGGAGGUUUUAAUAGGUGGUAUAUUCAGCAACCAAGUAACAGUUAUGGACAGAGUCUCUGUGUGUACGCCUCAUAUUACAGAAGAAUAUGGAAUGAACAGUAUUGCUCCAGAUCACUUCCCUUUGUUUGCUAUGAUGGAAGACAGAAUGCUAGUGCAACUUUUGUGUUUGUUAACAAUUAUGUAAACUGGACUGAAGCUCAGAGAUACUGCAGAGAACAUCACACAGAUCUUGUCAGUAUCAGGAAUGAGACUGAAAAUGAGAGAAUUCUAUAUUUCAUCCAAUUUUAUGGUGAUGUUUGGAUUGGUCUGUACAGAACUAGAUCUUGGUCAGAUCAGAGUAACUCAACAUUCAGUAACUGGAGGUCAGGAGAACCGAAUAAUGCUGGAAACAGUGAACACUGCACUGCUGUGUCAUUCAGUGAUGGUGGGAAUUGGACGGAUGAAAACUGCAAUAAUAUUUUACCUUUUCUUUGCUAUAACCGGUCCUCUUUGGCAUCAUCCCGUCAGUAUCACUUUAUAUCAGUGAAUAAGAGCUGGUCUGAAGCUCAGACAUACUGCAGACAGAAUUACAUUGAUCUGGCCACCAUUGAUAACAUGACAGAGAUGAACAGUGUGAUGAACACAGUUAAUGGGAGUUAUAAUGGAUCAGUCUGGAUUGGACAGUAUGAUGAUGUCAACAGCUGGAGAUGGUCACUGGAUGAUGAUGAUUUCUAUCAGGGAGGAGAGAGAAAAUUCAGAAACUGGUAUCAUGAACCGGACAACUAUGGUGGAAAUGAGCUGUGUGUUUAUAUGAAUUAUGAUGGAAGCUGGUAUGAUUUAUCAUGUGACCAUUCCUUACCAUUUGUUUGCUAUGAUGGAACAGGAAACACCUCCCAGAGGUAUAUUUGGGUAAAUCAGUACCAGUCCUGGAGUGAAGCUCAGAGAUACUGCAGACAGUUUUACACAGAUCUGGCCAUCGUGAGAAAUGAAACAGAACAUCAACAGAUACUAAACGUUACAGUUUCUUAUUAUUAUUAUGGGUGGAUUGGUCUGUACAGAAACAGACUGUGGUCAGAUCAGAGCAACUCUUCUUUCACAUACUGGUGGCCUGGGACGCAAUAUGUUUCUCCAGAACCAGAUAAUGGUGCAAAUGUCUAUGGACUUCAGGGAGCUCAACAUUGUACUGCUGUGACUUUACAAUCUUUUGGCCAGUGGACAGAUGAGAACUGCUUUGAGCGUUUGCCUUUCUUUUGUUAUGGAGGUGAGAUCAUUCUCCUUUCCAGAUCUUAA